AUGCCACCUGCUGAGGCUGGCGCGAAGAUCCUCUGUCCGACACCUCAUGCUCUGCAGAUCGAACUAGACGCCCUCGCGACGGUUCUCGAACCAGAUGAGAGGGAAGACACUUGGGAAAAGUUCGAGCGAGCGCUGAUCCGCUUCGCCGCCAUCACGCGAGGUGGAGGUUAUAAACAUCUCGAGUUGUAUGUGCGAGGCGUAGGAAACAAGGGCGUCGGGCUGAGAAUCGUGGAUUGUAUGCUCUCGGACCGUGGAAGGUUGUCUGGAGUGUCCACAGAUCUGUUGCAGACCUUCGCACCUCGCCUCGCCGCCCAAUUCCACUCCCUCAUUCACCUGUAUCUCCCGCCCCUCGUCCGCCUUCUUGCCCGACCAAACAAGGUCUAUCUCAAACGCGCCGAAAAAUGUCUUCAAACCAUUAUCACCCACUGUCACUUGCCCAGCAUACUCAUCUACCUGCGCAAUGGCCUCGAUGACAAGAGCGACGCGUGCAAGCGUGCGUCCGCGGUCGGCGUCGAGCGUGCCGUGUUGGAAUGGGAUCGCGACAUUUGGAACGAAAAGGGCUUGGACGUCCUCGAGCUGUGCAUCCGCAAGAUGGCGACGGACCGAGAUGCUGACGUCCGCAAGACGGGCAAGCGGGUCUGGGCGCUGUUCAUGGACAUUUGGCCUGAGCGCAUCGACGAUUUCUCCAACCCUCUGACGCCGACGAUCCGCCGAUACCUCGACAUUCCAGCUGCGGAUGGAGUGCCCUCGAAACCCAAAACGCGAUCGACAACUCGGCCACUGCAAGCUGCUUUGCGAGCAGCCGCCUCGGCUCACGAUCCUCCGGCCGCUUCUUCUACCAGCCACCUUGGCCGUGGUGAGGCAGCGCAUGCGGGGCCCUCACGGCGGACUCGACUAGCGCGAGUGGCGUCCAACACGACGGACGAGGACGAGCACCAUGCUCCGCCACCUCGCGCUCCCCUCAGCUCCCUCGGCCGGGCGACCCGCACGGUCUCCGCCUCUCAGACUCUUCAAAAGCAAACAUCGGCAUCCAGCCUUAACGACAAGCAAGAGUCUGCGCGUCACACUCUCCUGUCGAAGCCAUCACGCACCCUCCCUCCGUCAUCUUUCAACGACGGCGCGCGGCGGCAACCAUUGCAUAGAACGCAAUCUCAGGAACUGCGUCGGCCACACUCGGCAGAGCCGGAUCAAACACCGCGUCACCGCGACGAUGCGCUGAGCUCGUCUUCACGCAGUUCAAGCACCCGCCGACAGCAGCCUUCUUCUCCCCGACGUCUCGGGAGGAGCGCGACAUCGGCUCACGACAGCUCCGAGAAUCUGCCAACCCUAGCUUCCUCAUUCGCUCCUCCAGCCCCGAUCCCUCCACCUGUUGGCCGGGUAAAGGCGCGUGUCAGUGACUUUGAGCGCAUGGUGGGAGAGAGCACUCCUCCGGCCCGUGUCGCUGCGCGCGCCGAGGUCAAGGCCGUUGCUGCCAUUCCUCUUCCUCCUUCCCCAACUGUCCGUCCCAUCACUGUCAAGGACAGUCCGCCUUCACCGCGAGUCCAGCAGCGCUUCGCCCCACCCAAGAACCACAACCAGCUGACGGAAUCUCCGUCGCUCUCCUCCCUUCUCCGCAAGACUGAUGCGGCAGAGCCCGACAUGAGUCUCCUGGACCUCUCCGUUGCGAACGUCAGCGUAGCCCAGUCGCCAGCUCCACGACGACCGGCGUCUACGAGCUCUCUGAAAGCGUCGAGCACUCCCAAGCCGGGCGUGACCGACCUUAUCCAAAAGUUCUCUCCUCAGCAGAUGCACACGCCACUGCGGCGGUCAUCUAUGGACAACCCCGGAUCUGCAACUCCGACGCAAAAAGCAAUGCGCCGGAUCUCGCCGCUUCCCCGACGAAGCUUGUUAUCGACGCCAGUUGACGAUUCGUCCCCACCCCGCCUCGGAAUGAAGCGCAAGGGCUCCGACCCCGAGAUCGCCUUCCCGGAAGAGGUGCGGCCAGUCGAACGCGAGCCGCCGAAAGGGCCGCGCUUCUCGCAGCCUCUCAUCGCAUUCGGCGACUCGCCCGCGCGGGACACGUCGUUCGUGUUUGGCGGACUGGCGUCUGCAUCAUCGUACAGCAAGAUGGGCAUGCGGCGUGAGUCGACCCUGCACGAUCUCAUGAGUCUCGCAAACCCAUCUGCCUUCGAGGUGUUGGCCACUCCAGCCAAGGCUCAUGCCGCACUGCAGCCUGAAGCGCUGGUUGAGGAGGAUGAGGGAGAGUCUCACGACGCCGACGUCACUCUGGGCCUGGUGGGCGGUGCCAACGCCGCUGCGCCCUUGGCUUGGAGCACAUCGAGUGGGCCAGUCGAGGACCUGCUCGACAUGGACGAGACGGCCAUCCUGACCGCUGCCCCGGUCGAUCUCGUGCCCGAUCACCUCUCGCCAGUACUUUCGCGCGAACCUGAUCCCAUCACCACCACAAGUGUCGACUCCAACGACGACAACGCCAGUGAAGGAGACACUAUCAGGGAGCCCGGCCCGCCGAAGGACGCGGAGCUUGAGGAACCGCAGAGCGCGGUGUCGGAGAACUCGGAGCCUGUCAAGGAGACUCAGUUCGAUGAGCCUGUUGCUGGGCCUGAACGUGCCGAGCCUGAGUCUGACCGUGCCGAGCCUGAGCCUGAACAUACCGAGCCUGAACGUGCUGAGCCUGAACAUGCCGAGCCUGAACGUGCUGAGCCUGAACAUGUCGAGCCUGAACGUGAGGAGCCGAAGCAGGUGACUGAACAGGCUGAUGAGAUCGCUCCGGUUGAGGAGAGCUCUGAGCCUCCGGUGCAGCCCCCGACCGCUGAACCUACAGUGCAACCCGCGAUGUCCGCCUCUCCUAUCGCACGGUGUGAAGGAGACACUAUCAGGGAGCCCGGCCCGCCGAAGGACGCGGAGCUUGAGGAACCGCAGAGCGCGGUGUCGGAGAACUCGGAGCCUGUCAAGGAGACUCAGUUCGAUGAGCCUGUUGCUGGGCCUGAACGUGCCGAGCCUGAGUCUGACCGUGCCGAGCCUGAGCCUGAACAUACCGAGCCUGAACGUGCUGAGCCUGAACAUGCCGAGCCUGAACGUGCUGAGCCUGAACAUGUCGAGCCUGAACGUGAGGAGCCGAAGCAGGUGACUGAACAGGCUGAUGAGAUCGCUCCGGUUGAGGAGAGCUCUGAGCCUCCGGUGCAGCCCCCGACCGCUGAACCUACAGUGCAACCCGCGAUGUCCGCCUCUCCUAUCGCACGUCCGCCCGCCGUCAUCUCGGUCUCCGUCGCACCACCGACCCCGCGAUGCGUAUCCGCCCCGGUGCCUUCCUUCAUGCAGUUAGCUACCGACUCUGCGACUACGUCCUUGGAGGUGAUCAGUGAGGCUGCAUCUUCGGCCGCUGAGGAACCAGCUGCAGAGGCGGCCGCGGGGUCGGCUGAGUUCAAGGCCGGCGCCAAGCCAAACCCGCUGCAAACCUCUCAGCGGUCGGCUCUGGGCCCCCGCCGCCCUGCGAACGCGCCAAUCCGCCCGGGGACUCGCACGGUAUCGCAUCCUAUCGAGAAGAAGUCCUUCCGCCCUGUCUCAAAACUCCUAGGUGACAAGGGGGCACCGGCGCCCGCCAAACUCGCGACGAAGAGCACGACAAAGGAGCAGGAGAAGCUGUCGACUUCUCAGAAGCGGUCCGCUUCAGCCAUGACGAAGUCGGCCGCGUCGACCAUCUCCAAGGGAACAGCGACUGCCGCCUCGACCAUGGGCAAAGCCGCUGGUUUGAACUCGUCCACCAACGGCUCCGAGUCGGCCCCGCCCACUCGCCGUGUAGCAUCCCACACUCGCAACACGGCGAGUUCCCUGUUCAAGCCGACUGCUGCCACAGCGGCUCGUGCCGCGGCAACCGCGACUACCAAGCCGGAGCCGCCUGCCACGAAGCCCCCUUCUCGCCCCGGAACCGUCAUGGGUAACUCCUCGAGUAACUCCUCGAAUAGUGCCCCCAAGCCGGUUCGCCCUGCCGCUGCACCCGCAGCUGCCCGCACGCGCAGCGGUGCCACCAGCGGUCUGUUCGCGUCGACCGCAGCCUCGCGCGCUCGGAACGCCGAGGCUGCUCUGCCACCCAGCAAACGGCAGCGCGUGAAACUUAAGGCGCCAAUGGAGAGCUUCCGCCCCGGUCGCAGUGCGAACAAGAGCAAGGCGAGUGUGCUUGGCACGUCUUCUGCGGCUGGCGCUGGUCGACGCCCCCUUCGAGCGGUUGCCAGGCGCGACGCCCAGGCGGAGACGUUUCCCCUCCCUGGGCCCGGACUCAGUAUGAGCACCAACGCUCUCCCGGUCGAGGCGCCCGAGAAAGCCUCUGAGCGCUCUGUGCGAUCGUCCCCUCCCGACGUGGAUGCGACGAAACCCUCACCCGCGCACUCUCCAAUGUCGAAGACUUCGACACCCGCCGCUGCCUCCGCUUCCCCCGUGUCGAUCAAGUCUUCCUCGCUCGCGAUCCCGACACCGUCGACGUCGACCGACGAUUAUAUCGCGCGGACGCCCACGUCCACCUCCCCGAUCGCGAUGGCGGAGCGCCUCUCCCCCAACUCGACGCGCACCUCGCGCUCGCGCGAUAGCGGUUCCUCGCCCGGCAGCAAGAUUGCGAGCACACUGCCAAAGGCGCUCGACCCCGUCCUCACCGCAGUGCAUGGUGCGGACGUUCUGCACCGCACGCCGAGCAAGCGUGGCUCUGAGUCGCCCGCCGUCCUGCACAGCAGGCGUAUCAGCGGGAUCCCGCCCAGUUUAAAGAAGAUGUUAGACGCGCAAAAGGCGGAGCGCGACGGUACGCCUGUGCCUGAAGAGAACGACGAUGAUGAGAACGUCGUGGUCAUCCGGUCUGAUGUCUCGACGCCCACGGGCAAGAGCUCGGCCAUCCUUGCGCGCUUCAGCGACCGCGGCGUGCUCCAGGACGCAAACUGA